CAAGAGGCUUGAAGCCCACUAACUCUCCCCCAAUUCCACUGAUUUUGACGACUCCAUCACUCAUCUAUCUCUCUCUCUCUCUCUCAUCGAACCCACAAACACAAAGCUUGAGGAGAGAGAAAAAAUGGCGGUGACGAGCCCUUGGGGGAUGGGGCGCGCAAUCCCAGUUCCCCAAACUUCAUCUUCUCCUUCUUCUUACACUUGUUUUCUCAAGAAGAAACAGUUGCAAAUUCAUGAUAAUAGUACCACCCAUAAUAGUGUUUAUUUUAGACAAUUAUUGGGUCAUCACAAAAUUUACAAUUAUACAAGUUCCAGAUUAUGUUACCGUUGUAGUAGCAGCAAUAGUGAUAAUAAUUAUCCCACUAUUAGUAAUAAUUGUAGUAUCAAUAGCAGUAAUGAAUGGGAUUGGAAUCGGUGGACUCGCCAUUUUUCUGAAAUUGAACAAGCUGAGAGUUAUUCCUCUGUUCUCAAGUUUCAGCUUGAGGAAGCAGUUGAAAAUGAGGAUUUUAAAGAAGCUGCAAAGUUGAAGUCUGCUAUUGUAGAAGCUACUUCAAAGGAUACUGUAGCUGAGAUAAUGUCUGAGUUGAAGAAAGCAAUUGCUGAAGAGCGUUAUCAUGAUGCUUCAAAGCUGUCUAAAAGUACAGGAAGUGGUUUGGUGGGUUGGUGGAUCGGCAGUGCGAAGGAUUCAGAUGACCCAUUUGGCCGACUUGUACGUAUAACUCCUGGUGUUGGCAAGUUCAUUGCCCGCACUUACACACCAAGGCAGCUUGUAACUGCCUCUCCUGGAACCACUUUAUUUGAAAUAUAUGUUGUCAAAGACACUGAUGGUACAUAUGCUAUGCAGGUCGUGCACUUGCAGAAAUCCAAAAGUAGUUCAACAAGCUCUGCCAGUCUGCAACCAAAACCAACUAGAGAGUCAUCGAAUAGUGAUUCUGAAAAUUCGUCUGCAGUGGAUGUUCAAAUUAACAAAGAUAAGGCUGAGAAACAGGAAGAGAAAAUCUUGAACAUUGAAGGGGCUACUGAGGAAGGGAUAAAGAGUGUGAUUAAUUUUCUAAAAGAUAAAAUUCCAGGAUUGAACGUGAAGGUCAUGAACAUUAGUGUAGGAGACCAAGUCGUGGAGGACAAUGAUGCUGUGCAGCAAUUGACACAGGAAGAUUCUGAGGAAGAUGACGAAGAUUCUGAUGAGGAAGUUGAUGACUUAGAUGAGGUUGAAGGUGACACAGAUGGGAUUAGGAUGGAAGGAGACAGCGACUCUAAUGAAGACGGGAAAGAUUUAGAUAUGAAGGUUUUUGUUGGUGGGAUUAUCCAUAAUGAGGAUGAUGUUUUAUCAAAAGAGGAGUAUAUUCGCUUACCAGGUCAAAUCGAGGACGCAGAGAAAGAUUCUUUCAUUUUGCAUAUUCCCGGUAUUCGUGGAAAUGAAGAAAGCAUGGCUUCAAAUGUCAAAGUAGCUGCUUUAGCAGCUCGAGGUGUUUCUGAUCUCAUGCCCUCUGAUGUUGCCAAGGCAUUUUUGGGUAGUGAGAAAAUAUCACCGAAGAUAUCCAAAAAUGUGCGUGAAAUUGUUAAGCUUGCAGUCAGUCAAGCACAGAAGAAGAAUAAACUUUCUGAAUAUACAAAAUUCAAUAGAAUUCAGAUUCCCAGAGGCAAUUUGGAUCCUUUUGAUGGACUAUACGUUGGUGCUUUCGGACCUUAUGGAACUGAGAUAGUUCAGUUAAGACGUAAAUUUGGUCAUUGGAAUAGUGGGAAUGAAUUAGAAGGUUCCUCAGAUGUGGAGUUUUUUGAAUAUGUUGAGGCUGUCAAGCUGACUGGAGAUUUAAAUGUUCCUGCUGGUCAGGUGACUUUUCGUGCUAAACUUGGGAGAGGGAGUCGCUUCUCCAAUCGGAGCAUGUAUCCAGAUGAACUGGGAGUGGCAACCAGUUAUAAAGGGCAAGGAAGGAUUGCAGAAUUCGGGUUCAAGAACCCCAAGUGGGUUGAGGGUGAACUUCUCCAACUCAAUGGCAAGGGUGUGGGACCUUAUUUCCGAGGAGCAGAUCUCGGUUUUCUCUACAUUGUCCCGGAGCAAAGUUUCCUGGUGCUUUUUAACCGGUUAAAUCUACCAGAGUGACUGUUCAGCUGCCCACUUUUUUUUCUUCGUACUCUACACCCUUAGCUAUUAGCAUACAUAUAGAGAGACAUGAAAAAGAUGAAGGCUGGUUAUGAGAGUGGCCUAGGCCGUGCACCUUUCAGUAGACAAUAUGAACAAUUUUGCUACCAACUGCGCGGCGGCGCCCCUUGCUGCUGCUGCUCCCAUUUUUCUGGACUCCUUCAGCACCAUGUAUUUGGUACUUGGCAACGCUGUAGUCUAUAUUUCUCCUGUAUGUGCAUAAAUUAUAUUGCUUCCAUUAUUAGAUGUGAAAUUUUCGACUGAUCCAUAAAUUAGCCAACUUUUGUUUUAUUCUUUUCUCCUUUGGUAGUUUCAGAGAUGUGUACUGAAACUUUCAGCUGCCUUGGGCAUGUAAUAUAGUAGUAUUGCUAUCAUAAAUAUGGCCCAUUGGCUAUUGUGAAAUAAACAUCUUUUAUUUACUCA